AUGAACCUCACGGCAGCUACGCCUCUUCGGCUUGUUUCUAACCAGCUGGCUCGACGUUGCUUCUCUAGUCUGGCUCACAGGAGAUCUACGCGGAGCAAAGGCGCCAUCUCUUCCUAUGCUUGCUCAAAUCGCUCGCCGCAAAGCUCAACAGCGCGCAACAAUGUGCCACGGUUUCGGAGCCGAUCAACAGCUGCCCGAGCGCCAGACCUCGCAGACAGCGUACGCAAGUUGAUGCGGCACGUCCCCCAUCCCGUCGCCAUAGUCACUGCAGCACCAAAAGCGACAUCACAAGCUACAGCCAAACCAUCUCGUUGGCGUGGCGCAACCAUCUCAUCCUUCGUCACCGUAGCCCUGGAUCCCGAACCCGUCGUAUGCUUCAACAUCAAGCACGACUCGUCCACCUUCGCCACCCUGACAUCGUCUGCGACCUUCAACGUCCAUCUGCUCAGCUCCAGUCCUGAUGCGGAGACUAUCGCAACGAAAUUCGCCAGCGGGAAUGCCUUGGAACCAUUCCAUGAUGGUGAGGGAGAGCUGGAGUGGUGGGUCAGAGAACCUUCGUCAGAUGAGGGUGUGGCUCCUGUGAUUCACGGCAUGAGGGAUGAAGUUGAGGCGGAGGGUACAGCGCAGGACAGCGUUGUGACCUUCCGCUUAACGUGCGCCUACAUGGCGGAUAAGACUGUGGCCGUUGGCGAUCACGUCGUUGUGUUCGGGCGAGUAAUUGCAGUCAGCGACGGUUCAGACCUGGGACAUCCCGAAGCGAGCACUCGGGCGGCGUGUCUGCUGUAUGUCGAUGGCGGCUACGGGCGGACGGCGGGUCGGUAG